UUGACCAUAGAGGAAUUGCACUCUAUUGGUUCUAAUGAGCCACCUGCAGAAAUUAUGGCUUCUUCGUGUAUUUCAUCUUCUGAAACAUGUAACACUGAUCUUACAACAUUCCAUGGAGAAGGCGAGGUGUUAGGUGGCCAUCCUGUUUUAGCCCACGAAGACAAGGCCCACUGGGCUCUUCCAGCCCCGAGGGAGGUGCCCAAGCCUCAGGGGACCAGCAGUUGUGGAGCAGAUGCCCCUGGCGCUCAUCGCGACCACCCUUCCAUUCCAGUCAGUUCCCAAGAACGCCCUGCUCUUCUCUUAAAAGAAGUUGGUCAAUUGGAACAGCAAAUAAAGACAGAUGAGUCUGAGAAGCUGAAUGAGGUAGCAGAGAGGAAGGCUGCAGUUGAAUCGGGUUCUGGUGGCAGGUUCACUUUGCUAACAGCUCAGACACCACCCGCCGCCUGCUCCCUGUCACCGUCGGAAGCUUCAGGGGGUGGCAGUAUGGAAAAAGAUUCGCCUGGAUCACCAUUCGAAGUCAUUCUUGACAAAGCAGCAUUUGACAAAGAAUUUAAAGACUCCUACAAGGAGAGCAUGAAGGCGUUCGGUAGCUGGGCAGGGCACGCGGAUGAAGAAUCACCUGCAGACAAGCUGGAGAGUGAUGACAAAGUGUUUCCCCUGCGGAGUGAAGAGGCAGGGCGUUACCCGGCCUCCGCACUGCUCGCCAGGCAGUUUUCACACACAACUGCCGCGCUGGAGGAGGUGUCUCGGUGUGUGAGUGACAUGCACAACUUCACUAACGAAGUACUGACUUGGGACUUGGAUCCUCACGUGAAGCAGUCGACGGACAAAUCUUCUGACCACAACACAAAAACAGGACCUGAUGUGAACAAAUGUCAGCCAGAUAUCCCAGUGGUACAUCUUAAAACUAAAAUUCACCAGAAAAUUCCUGUAUGUUCUUUCAGUGGGAACACUUCCAUCACUAAACCAACAGGUGAUGAUCUGGCAGAAAUAUCUUUGCCACAAGAAAACGCUAGGCCAGCCCAUGCCAGUUCUGUGAAGGACACGCGAGGCAGUGAGCAGAAACAGGACGACACACUUUCAGAGCUGUCCAGAUCUCCGUCGGAGAAACCUGUCCCUCUGGGUCCUGGAGCGGUUUUGCCUGAAGUAGACUGGCAGAACCCUGGGGUGGGAGAAGUGGCAGAGGCUGACAGCUCCGGGGAGUCCGAUGACACAGUGAUAGAGGACAUUGCAGCAGGUGCAUCAGCUGAAGAUUACAAAGUUCAGAUGGAAAGCCCAGGGUCCAUUCCAAGUGCUGUUGCAAACACAGGUGGGAGAGCUGUCCAAGAGCUUUCCGCUUGUCGGAGGGAAGGGAAGACCUCUGAGGACCCUGAAGAGGGGGUCUGCACCUCGGAGCCACAUCCGGCUCAGCCCCACGUGCCCGGGAGGAAGCUGCUUGGUGAGGUGGCCCCUUCCCAAGUACCCGAUGUGAGUGUCCCAGAGGAGGGUGGGAAGCCCUCGGGAAACGUGGCUGAAGCUGCUCCUCAAAUGCCUGUUACAACCGAGAAGCAAAAACUUCCUGUAGGAAUAUCAGCAAAAGUUUUUAGUGAGACAGAUGUGACAAGUUACACUUAUUCGACACCAUUCCUCGGGAAAGAUGUUAAAGACAUGGAUGAUUCUUCCCCAGAGGAUCUGAUCACAGCCUUUACUAAAACCCGAGGGAAGGGAACAGUAGGUGCAGGUGAGACAAAGGCCCGUGACUCAGCAUCACAGAAGACAACAGGCUGCAAAGCAUCCCUUCCCGCAGAAGCCUUGCCCGGAAGUGAGCCUGGUCCUUCUGAUGUGGAAGGCGUCAAACGCAGGCGCAGUGAACAAGCCGAAGGAGUGAGUGGGAGUAAGUGUCAGGAUGCUGUCCCAGCCCAGAGCGUCCCAGCAGCAUCUCCUGAUUUGGAGCAGGAGCAGCUCACGAUCCAAGCCCUGAAGGAGCUGGGGGAGAGACAGGCUGAGAUGUCAGCCGCCACGCCAGGUGAGGAAACGGCGCGGCGAACUGUGGCUCCAGGAGCUUGGCCACGGAGAUCCUGUGCCAUCCCGGAGCAAACAGGUGUCAGCCCUGCAUCUGGACCUGAUCCUGGGAUCCCCAAAAGGCCUGCUGUUACCCAAGAAGCUAGCAGGGUAGAUAAUGGUUCCAGCCUUAGCACGACUGAACUGGUAAACACGCAUGCCCUAGCGAGACUGCUGGCAGACUUCUCAGGUAACGACUCGCAGCAGAAAUCAUGCAUGUGGUUGAUUCUGUGCAGGCGUAGUUAUUAGGAUGCUAUUUUUCUGAGUCUCAGUUUUAAAUCUACAAAAUUAU